UGUCCAGAGGGUGAGCAGAGAUAUCACUCUGUCCUCUUCUCUCUGUCACUCUCACAGAGAUAUCACUCUGUCCUUCUCCCUCUCUGUGACUCUCACUCACUAUUACAAUGUCUUCUGCUGUGGCUGCUUUGCCCCUGGCGACUCCGGCCAAAUCUCCCAAGAAGAGAGCCAAGUCUCAAGUCAAGAAGAAGACUGGUCCCACAGUGUCAGACCUGAUACUGAAGGCCGCCUCCGCAUCCACAGAGCGCGGUGGCGUGUCCCUGGCAGCCCUGAAGAAGGCUCUGAAGGCCGGAGGAUACGACGUGGUGAAGAACAAAGCCAGAAUCCUCAUCACCAUCAGACGCUUGGUGGCAAGCAAAUCCCUGGUCCAAACCAAGGGCACCGGUGCGUCGGGCUCCUUCAAGCUGAACAAGAAGCCCCCCACACCAAAGAAGAAGAAGGUGGUGAAGAAGAAGGCAAAAAGGGCAAAGAAGGCCAGCCCCAAGAAAGCCGCCGGAGGUGCCACUCCAGCAGCCAAGAAGUCACCUAAGAAAAAGAGCAAGGCAAAGAGUCCGAAGAAAGCCAAGAGGCCCGCUGCAGCCAAGAAGCCCAAGAAGGCAAAGAGUCCUAAGAAGGUGAGACGCAGUGUCGCCAAGUCUACCAGGACCAGGGCUGCUGCCAAGAAGUGAAAACUCUCUAAAUGAACACUGAAUGCAACCAAACGCCUUUCUGGAGGCGUUUAACUCGUGUGUGUGUGGACCAAAAUUCAGCAUUCAUCCAAGAACUUGAGCUUGCUUUAUAGUUUUUUCUAUAAUAAAAACACUGAACCUGCUGUUUUGACGCCCCUUUCUGCCGUGGUUUGUAAAGAUUUGAAUAGCAAUUGUAGAAAAUAAUAAACAUAUUUUAAUUUAUUUACAGUGUGCCCUGUGUUUUUUUUUUUAUCUCAGUUUGAACAAAAAUAACAUUCACAAACUGUAUAGCCUAUAGCCUGUAACAUUUGAAAUAUUCUCACUUCAUGCAAGAACUCUCUGGGUAAAAAACACAGUCUGUUGUUGACAAUAUGAAACUGAGAAAAAAUAAAACUUCUUUGAGCAUUUA